AUUCGUCAGGAAAUUGGGGUCAACCUAGGGCUACCUCGUGUGAUUAUUCCUGGAGGAGCCUGUUGUUCCCUUACCUGCGUAGAGAAAGAAGAUAUUUUGAUCUCUGAGCCUGAAGGCCCUCGCGUGGAGAAAUCUAGACGAAUAAGAGAUUUAUUUCACGGCAAAAUUACCUACGAAGGUCUGGCAAACGAUGAUCACGAGGCUAUCCCUGAUGAAAAGACAAUCAUCAUACACGAUUACCCCUUUUCUGGUGAUAACUAUCGACUACAACGCCGCUGCCCCGAUUAUGAUCCAACAAAGGACUCGGAGGAUUUGCCGCAGUGGAAGACUUACUUUGACGAAGAACGAGAUGCAAAUCGGGGUUUUAUGAUAGUAGAUGAACCUGACGUUGAGGUCAACGUCACGGAUUCUACGUGGUUCCGCAGCCUCCAACCAGGGGAAAUCUUUAUGAGGAAAUGUCCUAUUGAGUUUCUGGAUUUACACCCCGAUACAGUAGUUGGUGACGUAUAUCGAUGGCAAUACUGGGGUGGCUGUAUUGACUGGUGGACUUGGGGCGAUCGCGAGGAACACGCAAAUACAGUUGUGAAAUUACCAUGCUGGAUGUAUGCGCAUGUCGUUGACCCUGCUGAUAAUGAUGGGAGACCGGAGAUAAUCAUCUCUUCAUCCAAUCUUGUCGAGUUUACUGUUAUUGAUUGA